CAUUAUCCUCUUAGAUAUUGAUACUACAAAAUAAGUUGCACUUAAUAGUUAAAUCCAACCAGCAUAAUUAUGUUGUGUAAAGAAAUUGAUUAUAAAUUAUAAUAAUAAUGUUCACAUCAAAAAUCGAUUAAAAAUUAUUAUAAUUAUAUUGAUAUUUUACAUGUUCAAGUUCAAUCGAGUUUGAAGUGGAUGGCUAUUUAAUCAUGCAAUUUAAAUGUUUUGUCACCAUUAUGCUUUAACUUUAAUUGUGCACAGCUAUUCAAUUUAAAUAUGAGUUUUUGGCGAGAAGCUUCUAGUGUGAUACUACUGACAAAGUCUUCCAAUGUGAAGAAUGUCUGUCGAGAUCCGUUCAAAAUACUAUGCAUUAAAAGAAGUGAAAUUAAUUCUUACUUACCUAAUUAUACAGUCUUUCCAGGAGGAACUACAGAGAAAUCCGAUUCAUCUCCUGAAUGGACAGACAUUAUUCCAGAUUAUACAAAUUCUAAUUUAAAUUUGAAUAUAAUUGGCUACAGCGGUAGCCCAGCUAUUAAAUUUGUAUCCGAUAAUGAGCAAGGUUCUAUUCCAAAAUGCCUAUCACUAAGAGUAACUGCUAUCAGAGAAACAUUUGAAGAAAGUGGUAUACUGUUGUGUAAAAAAGUGAACUGCGACCAAUCUGAAAAUUGUGCAACUGUCAAUCAUUUAGAAAUUGAUUGCAUUGACAGAUGGAGAAAAUUAGUUCAAAAAAAUGCAUCUAACUUUAUCAAUUUAUGUAGUGAAAAUAAUUGUUAUCCAGAUGUUGGAGCCUUGCAUUUGUGGAGUAACUGGUUAACGCCUCCACUAUUAAAGACUAAAUUUGAUACAAAAUUUUUUCUUGCUUUUAUUGAAUCUUCAGUUAAUGCGAGUCCUGAUGGUAUUGAAACAUCUCAAAUGACAUGGAAUACACCAGAUGAAAUGUUAUCACAAUUUGUUAAUGGUGAUGAAAAACUUGUUACCCCUCAAUAUUAUGAACUGUUAAGAUUAAAACAGUUUACAUCAUUUACAAAAUUAACAAAUUUUGCUUGCACAAGAAGUAUUGAAGGAUGUGAACAAAUAUUACCAAUGGUUAUUGCGACUAAAGAUGGAUACUUAACAUUACUCCCAGGAGAUAGCAAGUUUAAUAAUUCUGAAAAAUAUUUAGAAGUACAAUAUGAAUUGGAUAAACAUUUGCAAGAUUUUGACUCUGAUGUGAUGCAUAGACUACAUCAUUCUGAAGAAUAUUUACCAAAAAAAAUAAUAAUUAAAAACUAUACACCAAAGUGUGGACACGUAUUGCCCGCAACUCUACCCGAUUGUAAAAUUUGAAAAUUAAGGUAUAAUAGUUUAUUAUUCGCAAAUUUAAUGGGUCACAGUAAUUAAUAUUGUUGACUAUAAUUUAUUUGGAAAUAUCUUUGAAUUUUACCAAACAAUUGAUCUCUAUUCCUCCUGAUCAAAUCAACCAACUUUUUAUUUUUAUUUUGUUGUUAUUUAUUCUAUUAAAUUAUUUAUUAAUUUUAAUUUAUUUUAAUCUGUGCAACACUUUUA